CCCUUGCUUGCUCUUGUACUUGACGAGCACCAAGAACACAUUUGGCCUCUUUCUCUGUCUCUAGAGGUCAUCGGUUCUGUUUCUAUGUUGACUCAUCAAUAAUUGUCUUUGUCUUUGUGUGCAAUGAGCAUGGAAAUAUUCCCACCAUAGUUUCUUCAAUUCUUUCUUAUAUGUUUUCUAACUUUCUUUCUUCUUUCCCUGAUAUACAAUGAUCAAGUUCAGAUAUGAUUCAAACAGUUCCUUGAUCACCAUCCUCUUUUUCAUUCUUCUUCUUCCAAUUUUAGCAUCUUCAGCCUGCACAUGUGAAAAGCAACGCAAAGAUCAAAACAAAUCCAAGGAAGUGCUCCGAUAUAAACUAGUUGCAAUAGUUUCAGUUCUAGUUUCUGGUGCUCUAGGAGUUUGCCUUCCGUUUCUGGUGAAGAACAUAUCGUCGAUUCUCCACCCAGAUAAGGACUUUUAUCUCCUAAUCAAGGCCUUUGCGGCUGGGGUGAUCUUAGCAACAGGGUUUGUUCAUGUGCUUCCUGAUGCUCAUGAAAGUUUGACAAGUCCCUGCCUAAGUAAAAAUCCAUGGGGAAGGUUUCCCUUUACAGGUUUUGUUGCUAUGGUAUCAGCCAUUGGUACAUUGAUGAUGGAAGCUAUUGCUACUGGGUACCAUAAGAGGUCUGAGCUCAAGAAAUCUCAGCCAGUUGAUGGUGAUGAAGAGAGUGAUCAUGGGGCACAUCAUGCUGGUCAUGUCCAUGGUUCUGCAUUGGUGUUAGAAUCUUCAAAUUCGUCAGAGCUUAUCCGCCAUCGUAUCAUAUCUCAGGUUUUGGAGUUAGGAAUUGUGGUUCAUUCAGUGAUCAUUGGGAUCUCCCUUGGUGCUUGUCAAAGCCCUCACACAAUCAAGCCUUUGGUGGCAGCAUUGAGUUUCCAUCAAUUCUUUGAGGGCAUGGGGCUUGGUGGAUGCAUCUAUCAGGCAAAGUUCAAGCAUAAAACCAUGGCAACAAUGGUGCUAUUUUUUUCCCUUACCACCCCAGUUGGGAUAGCUGUUGGCAUUGCAAUAUCAAACACCUACACUAAGAGCAGCCCAACUGCACUAAUUGUUCAAGGGCUUCUCUUAUCAGCAUCUGCUGGGAUUCUCAUUUACAUGGCGCUUGUUGAUCUUCUUGCAGCUGAUUUCAUAAACAAUGCCAAAAUGCUAGGAAAUCCAAAGCUCCAACUUGGUGCUAAUUUUACUCUUCUUUUAGGAGCAUGUUUUAUGUCUCUCAUGGCCAAGUGGGGAGAAUCCUAAUUAGAUUCCAGUUUACUAAAGUUUUAUAUAUAUGGCGACAUGAUUUAAAUCA